AUGCCAAUUGUUUGGGAGAAAUUUUCUGGCACGGAGGAAGAGGUUGAGAAAGUGAAAUAUGCUGGAAUGGAGGAGUUUAUAAUUGCGAAAAAUACGGAUAUUCCGCAUAAAUGCCUAUGGUCGAUAGAUCAGUCGUGCUUUCUCCCUGGUUUCUUCCGGGACUCCAUUGAGACCUUCUACAAUUUUGAAGUACGUCCUGAUGAUGUUUGGUUGGUGACUUUUCCAAAAUCUGGAUCUACAUGGACCCAGGAAAUGAUUUGGCAGAUUUGCAAUAAUUUAGAUUAUGAACGAACUAAUAACGAAUAUGAGUCGGAGACAUUUAUUUAUCUUGAGAGUCAUCUGCAAGCUCCUCUGCUUCCCAAACAGCUCUGGACAGUCAAACCAAGAAUAAUCUAUGUGGCCAGACAUAUUAAAGAUGUAGCCAUUUCCUUCUACCAUCAUUACAGAAAUAUACACCACUUUUCUGGAAAUUGGCAAGACUUUUUCGAUAUCUUUAUGAAGGAUCGGGUUAUGUUUGCUCCAUAUCACACUCAUGUCUAUAACUUCUGGCAGAUGAGAAAUGAGGAGAACAUCCUUUUUCUAACAUAUGAAGAGAUGAAGAGAGAUCAUCCCAGUGUGAUUAGGAAAACUGCGCACUUUUUGGGAAAAUCUUUGAACGAUGAACAAAUCUCUGAGCUUGCAGACUAUCUUUCUUUUUCAAAGUUUUCCAGAAUCUUCGAGGAAGUUACUGAGGCGCUCCUAAAGUCUAUCAAUAUCCCAGGAUUUCUCACAGAAAUUCACGCAUAUGGUCCAGUGAUUAUCUGUAGAAGCUUACCUCUAGUCGCUCUCGACACAAAUCGUCACUUUUUUGCUGACAAAGAAGCACCUCUUGAAGCUCAACAACAAUCGAUCAUUCAUUUGGCAACAUGA